AUGAGAGUUCGAAGGUUACAAUCUUAUUUAACAGAAAAUAAUUUGUUAAAGAAAAGUUCUCUUGAGAACAUAAAAAACUUAACAUUAGGAAUAGAUGCCUUAUAUUUUUUAAGAAUAUGUAGUGAUUUAAAGGAUAUAUUAAGUGAUGUAUCAGGUUGUAUAUCUCCUUGUAUUUUCCAUAUGAUAGAUAAGCAGUGUGAAUAUUUUAAAAAAUGGGAUAUAAAGAUUAUAUUUAUUUUUGACGGCAUAACACCUAAAGGACAUAAAUUAUUUUCAGCACAUUAUCAUCAAUAUAUAGAUGAGGGAUGGUUAUAUUAUGUUAAUGAUGAAAAGAAGUUAUCACAAAAAUCUUUUAGCGAAGUAAAUAAUAUAUGUAAUUCUGAUAUAUCCUUUUUAUUAUUUCAUUAUUUAAAAUAUAAAGGAUAUGAAUGUAUAUAUGCUCCAUAUUUAGCUAUAUCUCAACUAGCUUAUUUUCUUGAAAUUAAUUUAGUAGAUAUAGUUUUUGGUCCUCCAACAUUAGGAUUACAUAAUGUUACUAAAAUAAUAUUAAAUAUUGUAUGGAAAAAAAAUUAUUUUGAAUGGAUAGACAUAAUAUAUUUAUUAAAAAUGUGGAAUAUAAAUAAAGAACAAUUUAUUGAUGCGUGUUUAUUAGCAGGUACAGAAUACUGUUUAACAUUUCCAUAUUUGAAUUUAUCUCAUUUUAAUAAUGGAUAUAAACAAUUUAAUUUCGGGACAUCUAUUGAAUUUAUUAAACAGUCUCCUUUAAUAUGUUACUUACAACAUUUCCCAAAUGAAGAAUUAAGAAAGAGUCAUAUGAAUGCUUACUGUUUGUGUAAAUCAAUGUUAAAGUAUCCUCUUGUUUUUUUAUGCACAGGUCAAGUAAAUUGUUUUUUUUUCCAUUCUAACAAAGAUCAGAAGUGUUUACAAAAAAAAUGUGAUGCGAGCAUUUUGAAUGACUAUACAGGACAUAAUGAAGAUGGUGAUCAUGUUGAUAAUGCUUCAAUAAAAAAAAAAAAAAAAAUUAAUAAAAAGGAUAUUAUUUCAACAGUUCAUGAACAAAAAAAUGAUGGUAGUGAUUGUAGUAUAUAUAAUAAAAGUAAUUAUGAUAAAAAUGAGGAAGAUAAAUUUUUUAAUAACAAAUAUAAUAGUACCAUAACAAAUAACAGCACACAUGAUUGUAUUAAGUUAUCAAAAGAUAGCUAUUUAAAAGGCGAUAAAAUAUUAGAUAAAAAGGAAGAAGAUACAGAUACAGAACAAAAUUAUCAUAAUUCAAAAUUUUCAUACGAUUCUUAUUGUGAAGAGGAUAAAAAGGAUAAUACAAUGCAACAUCAUGAACUAGCAAACGAAAAAUGUAAAUAUAAAAAUUCUAAAUUAAUAUAUGAACAUAAUAGUGAUAAUUGUAAAGAAAGGAACGAUAGGAAUGAGGACACUGUUAUGGACGAUUCUACUAAACAUAUUAAGGAUAUUUAUGCAAAAGAGAAUUAUAAAGAAAAUGAUAUAUAUAAAAAAAAGGAUCAUAAUAAUGAUAAACAGAAUAUUUCAAAAUUAGUACCUAAAGAUUAUAUAAAAGUAGUAGGAGCAAAAUUUCCUACAUGUGUUUAUUAUUUAAUGUCUAUAGGUUUAUUAAGUAAGAAGUUGUUAUGUGUACUAGCUAUGGGUGAAUGGAUUGAUUAUAGUCAUCCUAUUAUAGAUUCCUUUGAAUAUAGGGAUACAUUAAUUGAUUUGAGGGAAUAUCGAUGUAGAAUAUUAGGACUAGUAUCCAUAAAAUUGAAUCCUUUCUUUUAUAAAAGGAAAGUGAAGUUUUUUGAUUAUGGUUAUUAUAUAAAUAAUAUAAUGGAUAAAGAUAACAAGGCAACAUAUCUAAAUAUUGUUUUUAAUGACAAUUUCUUAUGGAAAAUAAAUAAGGAUAAUGUUAAUGAAGAAAUGAAUAGACAAAAUGUAAAGAAUGUAGAUUUACAGUUUGUGUUAAGAUGGCAUUUAUAUAGUGAGAGGAAAUCUAUAUCUUUGGUAGCUAAAAAGUGUGAAGGAUAUGAUGAAGAUAUGAAGGAAAGGAAAGCGAGUAAUAGUGAGGAAAAGGAUAUAUAUGAAUUGGAGAGUAGUAAUGAUAAUAAUAUAGGUGAUAAUAAUAAUAGUGAUGAUAAUAAUAGAGGUGAUAAUAAUAAUAAUAGUGAUGAUAAUAAUAGAGGUGAUAAUAAUAAUAAUAAUAGUGAUGAUAAUAAUAGAGGUGAUAAUAAUAAUAAUAGUGAUGAUUAUAAUGGAAGUGAUAGCAACAAUCGUGUUGAUGACAACCAUCGUGGUGAUGACAACCAUCGUGGUGAUGACAACAAUUGUGGUGAUGACACCAAUAGUAGUGAUAAGACCAAUCGUAGUGAUGAUAAUAAUACUGAGCCUUCUAAUAAUAGCCAUUAUUCUAGUAAUGAUGUUGAUAAUUAUGAAGAUGACGAUUAUAAUAAUUAUAGUGAUUAUUGUAAAAAGUCUAAUGAACGUACGAAGAGAAAGAAAAAAUAUAUGCAUUAUAAUAAAGAAAUGAUAUAUAAAUAUAAUUCCUAUUAUAAAAACAUUUUAAGAACAAAUAAUCAAAAUUUCCAUAGUUUUUUAUGUCUUGUAUAUUUUAUGUUUCUAGAAAAUCUAGACAUAUUCACGAAAAAUUGUGGUGUUACAUUAUUUGGACUUUUACUAUCAGAAGUAAAAAAUAAAAAUAUUGAUAGUAAUAUUCUUAUAAUUUUUGAAUUAUUUAAAUUUGGAUUCUUAACAACAGAAGCUUUAUUACCACCAGAUGGAAAAACAUAUCCUGAAAAUGCUUAUGCGUCCAUUCAAAAUAAUAAUAAAUUAGAUGACCAAGAUAAAAAGAGUGUUCUUUUAUUAUCACGUAUUUAUUCUUUAUAUAAUUCAAAUAUUGAUCGUAGUAGAACAUAUGAAGGUUUAAUCGAUUUUGAUUUAUGUGCUUUUUUUGCAGUUGUAAAAAUUAUUAAAAAAACAUUAAGACAAUUACUUCAGGCAUGUGUAACUAAUGUGUUAUUAACUAACAUGGAAUUAAUACAUAUAUUACCAGAAAAUUUAUAUAAUCCAUUUGAUAUAUAUAUGUGUGGAUUUUUUGUAACAAACCAUUUUAUGGGCGUUCUAAUAAAAUAUUUUCUAUUAUUUGACUUUGAUGAUAUAAAAAAUGAAAAGGCAACUCUCAAACUUACGUCUGAUAAAAAUAUGGAAUCAAAUAAAAUGAAUAAUGAUAUUGAGACAAUGAAUGAUCAUCUUUUAAAGGAUAAAUUAGAAAGGCAAAAAGAAACUGAACACUUAUCAAAAAAUAAUGAUUUCAAGGGUUAUGAUAUGACUACAAAUAAUCAUAUAAACAUAACACAACAAAAUAAAAAAAAUAAUGAUCAUAUAAAUAUGAAAGAAAUCAAUGAUAAAUUUUAUAGGAAUGAACAACAAGAAGAUAAACAUAUGAAGGUGGAUAAAAAUCAGAAAUAUGGUAUAAAUAAAGUAGAACACAAGGAAAAAAGGUCUUUAAUAGAACUAGAAAAUAAUGACAAAAAUAUAAUAUAUAAAGAAAAUUAUAAUGAAAAUGGAAACAAUUCUUAUGUUUACAGUGAUGAAUAUAAUUUAUCUGAUGAUUCAAACACUAAUAAUUGCGAAGCUGCUCAUAAAAAGCAUGAAAAUAAUUUAGAUCAUAAAAAAACGGAAGAAUAUAAAAUAGAUGAAGAAGAUUGUCAAACACCCAUAAAUGAUCAUUCACAAAAUAACUUCAACGUAUUUGAAAAGGCCAUAAGAAAAAAAUUCCCGAGUUUUGUGAAUCCUAUUAAUGAUUUGUGUAAUGCAAUAAAUACAUGGAGAGAUCACUUAUGUUUAAUAACUCAACUAGAACAACAUACGAAUGUAUAUGAUCUUGUUUCGGAUUUAAAAGCUGCAGAUAAUUUUUUAGAAAAAAAAAUACGCUAUAUAGGACUCGAUAAAUCACAAACAUAUAAUCGUAUAUGUUUAUCUAAUAAUAAAUAA